AUUUUUAAGCCACCCAGCCCCUUGUCUAACCCCGCAACCCCACCCCUCGCACCCACCCCCGUAUAUUUCUCUCUAUGCAAAAGAGAAAAAAUAGUCUCACAUUUUUCCUCUAUUUUGCCCCUCUCUUUCUUCGAAUUCAACCCACUCCCAACUCCAUGAAGCAUACUCUAUAGCAAUAAUUGACGGAUAAGGGGCAGCAGAGUGUUGACAGAAAACUACGAAGAAGAAAGAUAACAAUCAAACUCAUUGGUUUUCUGAAUUAGGUACCUCUUUGUAUAUUUGUGUAAGGAAUUCUUGAAGGACUCUUCUCGGUAUUAUAUAUUUCUCGACGAGUUGGUGUUUCAUUGCAAUAUAUGAUGGAUUCAUUUGAAGUGAAUGGAGAUCCCAUGGAUGGUGUGUCUGCAGAUCAAUUGCUUUCUUUUGAGUCUUCUGAUAUGAGUGGUGUUCUUGGAGAGCCAGAGAUACCUACUCGAAUUGGGAACCAGUAUCAGGUUGAAAUUCCACCUCUGCAGAGAGACUGCACUUUAUAUAAUAAAAUGCUAGCUGACCAGGAGACCAGAGCUGAUAUUUCCUGGGAUUUCAUGGUGGGAUUACCCAUACCACUAGUGUGGGUCAAUCAGGAAGGUGGAAGCAUGAAAAAUGAAAAGUUAGAUCUGGUUCAUUCAAUAAAUGCAGCCAAUGAUAGUGUAACCUCAGAACCUGAAAGUGCUAGAAUAACCAGCAUGCAGUCAGAAACAGACAAUAUCACUGUAAAAAAUGAGCCAUCAGACACAAUCUUGCUCAAUAAGGUGACACUAGGAGAAUCAGCAGAGCUGUCUUCUGAAAAGAAACUACAAGAAAUUAGAGGCCUGCAAUAUUGUUUAGUCCCUGGCAUUGUCCUAGAUUCUUGGACUGUUACUGAAAAAGCAAGUUUAGUUCUAGGUCUGUACAUCUUUGAGAAGAAUUUUGUUCAUGUUAAGAGGUUUGUUGAAACUAAAGGGACUGGUGACAUCUUAUCAUUUUAUUAUGGGGAGUUUUAUGGAUCCCCUGAGUACCGUAGAUGGUCAGAAUGUCGAAAAGUGAGAAGCAGAAAGAGUGUGUGUGGUCAAAAGCUGUUCACUGGAUUGAGGCAACAGGAGCUGAUGUCUCGUCUACUUCCCCGCAUCUCAGAAGAAACCCAAAAGGCUUUGGCGGAGGUCAAUAAGGCAUUUGGGGAAGGAAAGAUACUGUUGGAAGAGUAUGUCUUCUCUUUAAUGGCUAUGAUUGGGGUAAGCAUGCUCAUUGAAGCAGUUGGCAUUGGCAAAGGUAAAUAUGAUCUUACAUGUAUGACCUUGGAACCUUCAAGGUCCAAUUAUGCUGUACGCUCAGAAGUCCCGGUUGGCAAAGCAUGCGCUACUCUUACAACUGACGAAGUAAUUAAGUUUCUAACUGGAGAUUACCGACUUAGUAAAGCUCGGUCCAAUGAUAUAUUCUGGGAAGCUGUUUGGCCCCGACUAUUAGCAAGAGGUUGGCACUCACUGAAGCCUAAAAACUUGAAUUAUGCUGCUAAUCCCAAGAAUCCAUAUGUUUUUCUGUUGCCUGAUGUUAAGAAGUUCUCUAGGAAAUUAGUCAAAGGGAACCACUAUUUUGAUUCUGUUACAGAUGUAUUGGGUAAAGUUGCUUCAGAUCCUAAGCUUCUAGAGCUUAAUGCUGAAGGUGAAUGUACAGAUGAAAUAAAGUUAGAACAUGAUGAUCUUCCAACAAGACAACGUCCUUGUUAUCUGCAACCUAGAACUCCUAACCGACAUAUGGAUGUUAUGAAAUUUACAGUUGUAGAUACAAGUCUCUCUGAUGGUAAACCCUAUAAAUUGAGAGAGUUAAGAAGCCUUCCAGUGGAUAUCUCAAACAAAUUAUCUUCUGGAAACAAAGCUGAAGAGAGUGAAGAGGAGUCUACUGAUGAAUCAGACUCUGUUGGUACUUCUGUGGUUAAUGAAGCUGAAGAAAAUCAUAAUAAUUCCUUGAAGAUUAUCUCCAAUGGAGAAAUGCACUCUGAUGAGAAAGGUUACAAAAUCAGUGUAUCAAGCCAGAAGUUUCAGGAAGCUUCAAAUGAGGGCAUUCCUGUAUCUGAUCCUGCUUCUUCUACUGUUCCUGUGAUUGAUUCAAAGAAAACCAAAAACAUUUGUAAAGACAAGAAGCCAAGAAAAGUGGUAAAAUCCCACUCGUUUAAGAGAUUGAAAGAAAACAAUGAAGACUUUGUAGCUCCCAUUGCCAAGCGGCGUAGGAGACUAACGGCUUGCAGUCGUGGAAGUAGCAUGGUAAAUUCUUUGAUGGUUCCAGGAAUGGAACAAGAGAUGCGCCACACCUCUAGCAGCAAUGACCUAUCUCCGAACAACAUUCCAAUAGCUUCGUCUGAGGAUAAGGUGUCAUCAAGCAACUCGUCAAAGAGCAGUCCUUCUCAAAGUGCUGAAUGUGCUUCUGCUGAUGGUCAUGGCUUGAAGCUUCCUGAUGCGGAACGUAAAACUAGGACAAUGAUUGACCUCAAUGAACCUCAGGUCCCCCCUGAUUCAGAAUUUGAAAUUCUGAUGCCAGCAUUGAUGGAAGACAAAAGUGGUAACAUGAAGAGUCCUGAUGAUGUUUCUGGUGAGUUGAAGACAUUAACACAUAGUGCUAGUAUGGAACAGCAGCAACCUAGCUUGAACUCACGUAGGCAUAGCACUAGAAAUCGGCCUCCAACCACAAGAGUACUUGAAGCUCUGGCAAAUGGUUUCUUGACUGUGAAUACACGGCAAAAGAGUAAAGAAGGGGGUUCAAAAAGGAAGUCAACAUCCAGGAGUUCGCGACAAACCCCUGAUGGUACUAGGGUUACCGACUUUAGCAAUAGCGCAGUGGUUUCCCAAAUGGAAGAAGAUAAAGAUGCUGUGUCUACUGGGGGUGAUAGCAACAUGUUUGGAAAAAUUCAGCAUCCACCUGAGAGUGGGAUGGCAAUUGCAGGAUUUCACUGCCAGUUGAGUCACCAGAAUGGUCUGUAAAAGAUAAAAGCUGACCAGUAAAAUAUGUACAUGCAGCCGAGGAAUUGUGGAUACUGAAUAAUAGCACAAGAGAAAUACUGUUGUUGAGAUUCAAAAGAAGAGGCUUUUCAUUCAUUUGAUUGCAGUGGCAGGAAGGAGCAAAGAUUAUUCUCAGCAAAACCUUUUGUUUUUGAACUAGUGAUCAUGUCUAGUGAUGAUGUGAUUAGUGUUGUCUCCUUAGUUGAGAUUGUAGAUAGCUUAUAUUCAGUCGAUAGGCCAUUAAAACUCCCUCCCCACCCCCUCACCCCCCCACACCAACUUCGUUAUCCUGCAUAUCGUUCCUUUGUUUUGUUUUUCGUAAUCUUUUACUAAUAAACUGUCGAACAGAGCAGCAAAGCAUCUCUUAGUGUGUACAAGGAGCUUGGUUUGUUAGUAUGGCUUGUACCUGCUACUUAUAUCCAUCUCCAACAGGUAACAUAAUGAGUUGCUUUGGAAUUUCUCUUUUUUCUUUUGGAUUCAGGAGUUUCUUCAUUCAUAAAACUAGUUGUCUGUACAUUAAUGGACGGAGAAAAGAAAAGGCAAAUACUAUCUCAUAUUAACAACACAUUUGAUGCC